UAUAGAUCAAUGGCAAAGACAGUUUCACAGUACUCUGUGACACCAGCCAUGCUAGCGACACAGAUAGAAUAAGCCACCAGUGUCUUUGCUAGCGACGCGAAUGCAAUACUUGGUAUUUAGCUACUGAAUUAAUGUAACUUAGAUUUGCGUGUAAUUGCUCAUAUUUGUGUUGUUGGAAUUUGGAGUGGGAACCGCCAGUCUGCUGUUCAGUCCACACCAUGAAUGUUGGUUCACAUUUACAGAGCUUUGAGGAAAGUUUGAGCAACUAUACUGGAGACGACCCCCUAGAUCCAUGGGACAGAUUUAUUGAAUAUCUAGAGAAGAGAUUACCUGCUGAAGACGCCAAGGGGAUGUCUCUUGUGCUAGAUCGUCUAGUACAAAGAUUUCUACAAGAGGAGCGCUACUCCAAUGACAUCCGAUACGUAAACUACUGCAUCAAAUGUGCAAGUUAUUAUGAUGAGCCCAUCAAACUGUACAGUCACAUAUACAGUAAGGGUAUUGGCACCAGAGCUGCAGUCCUUUAUGUGGCGUGGGCUCAACAGUUUGAGCAGCAGGGCCUGCUUCAACAGGCUGACGCCGUCUACCAGAGAGCCAUGGAAAACCAAGCUGAGCCAGUUGACACUGUCCUUCAGCAAUACAGGAGGUUCCAAACCAGCACUUCUAGAGGUGGGACAGGGGCAUCAGAAGGUGUACGGAAUCCUCUUCAGACUUCUCACUUGGUAAAUCAGCUGCAAUCCCACAGAGAGCCUGGCCCACAGUACAAGGACCCCGAAGGUCUGUCCCAACUCCCUGCAGACAGAACAGUUCGCAUAAUCUCCCGGUCUGAAAAUGUGGUGGUAAAUAAACCCAAUCAAGGCCCGGCUGUAAACUUGCAAACAGUGUCGAUGUACCAUACUGAAGACCUCAUCUGCGAAGGGUCUGAACUUUGCUUCGAGGAGGUCCGAGCCAGACGAUACUUUGUGAGAUGCAAGCAAGUGGAGAAGCAGAGAGAGUUUGAGGAACGUCAGAGGUUGGCUAGAGAGCAGGAGGAGGAAGUGAUAAGGAUGAACCAACUGCUGGAGGAGCUGGAGAGUAACCUCGGUGUGAGCUCUACAGUCCAGGGAAGCUCAGCCAUUGCUCCACAAGUGCAGGCAUCCUGCACACCUGCAACAGGACUGAAUCCUGGGUUCCUACAACAGUCCUUUAGGCACCCUCCACUCUCAAACAACCUCGGAAUCAAACCCACUCCAGGCUUGAGACUGAACAGUGGACAGGACCCCAGAAAAGGCACGGUGAAGGAACCUGCGGCCCACACUCAGCGCGUCCAUCUCAGGGUUCCCAUCACAGACACCCUGCUCUCACAGAUGUCCUCUCCCCCAUCUGGACAGGUGGAAGAGGAAAACACCUCCCAUAGCUGCUCCUUUCACCUGCCAAAAGCACCAAUGGGUCACUUGCGUCAAUGUACAGAAGCACCAAAACCAUCUGCAGUUGCUCCCCAGGCAUAUUCUCUACAGGCCUCUCUGGUUCAACUCCAACCAAGACAAAACCCUAAGCCUAUUAGAUUGUCAUUUGGAUCGGCCCCAAAGAAGCCAGCAGCCUAUGAAUCUGAGUUGCAGCACGGGGCAGAUCCUCUCCAGGAUGUUCGCUCCCAGUCCCAACUCGGUGGCUUAGUGAACUACCUCAGCAGCAGCUUCCAGCAGUACAAUGGCAGAGAUUCCCAUGAGGUGUCUGUCAGUGAAGGUACUGAGUCGGAGGUGAAAUUAGAUGUAUCACAGGGAGGGACUGGGAACCUGUCCCAUAUCACUCCUAACACUUCUCUGGGACUGGUGCAAGCCACCCCGUCCAGGGUUCUCCCAUCCCCAACAGUCAACACACGGGAGGCACUUGAUGCGAUCAUGGACAUGUUCCAGGCUCCAACCCUCAUGCAGGAGGAACAGUUCCCCAGCAUGUCAAUGCAUCAGGCUGAGAAGAGCUUUGAUGCUGUCUACCACAGAAGGGGAAGCACCUCUUUGUUCAGCAAGCCCCCCAAUGCAGUGCCUUUCGCAAUCUUUCAGGAUGAGAACGAAAACAAGGAGAACUGCAGUGCUACUAUGGUGGACAAGGCUAAGCCACCAAGGGCCCUAGCAGAAAUCGCUGUAUCUAAAAGAGAGAAACAAGAUGAAUCUCCUUCGGAAUUGAUACCAGAUGAGAGCACUAUGUGGGGAGCACGCUACAACUCCCUGGCCACCUGCCCCAACAGCACCAGAGACUUUUCCCUGUCGGCCCACCUGGUCUCCACGCCCUUCCAAAACAAAGCUCCUUCCUCCUGGAACUUUGAGCAGGACCAAGAAAAUGAUCACCCCAGAGGCUUUAGUGGUCCAGAAGAGGGCCCUUUCCUGCGACAGCCCACUAAACUCAGCCCUAUCAUAGAGCAGAGCCCACCUGAUGGGAUAUCUGAGACCGGCGCUGAGUGCUCUAUGAGGGCGCAGGGCUUUGCUGAGCAGGGCACCAUCGUGGGUGAAGGGCUAGCCCUGGCCCAGCGAAGCCUGGCUGCCUGCUCCAUGACUGAGGUGCAGCAUCAUGCCCCGGCCGCACUGUCCUUCAGAGACCAGACUGCCCCCCUGGCUCAUACUGAGGGGGCAGGGGCCAAAAGCCCUCCUCCCAAGGCCUCUAAACCAGACUGGGAUGUCUAUGUGAGCCCAGAGCAGUCUUUAAAGCCAGCCUGUCCUCUCUCACAGCGUGCACCUGUGGAAGAGGCAUCCCUUUCAAAGAGCCAGAUUGAUGCCUUCAAAUCCAACUUUGAUGUUUCAACUAGUCCAGAGAAAGCCCCAACACCUGCUUUCGAUAUCCCAAUGAGCCCAGAGUGUGCACCCAAGCCAGACUGGUUAGUGGUAAAAAGCCCAGAGGUUGGGGUUGAACUCGACCUGGACUUGGAUGCCUUCAUGAGUCCCUGUCAGGGUCAGAGAACAGAUGGCUUCCCUCUGAAGACCAUGGACAUCCCUAUGAGUCCAGAACCAUCAAAGUUUGGCUUGGAUGUUACCAUGAGUCCAGUCCAUUCGUCAUCAAAGUUCAGAAUGGAUAUUCCUAUGAGUCCAGCUCCAGAGGUGAGGUACGGCAUGGAUAUUCCUAUGAGCCCAGACCAAGGGUCAGAGCUGUUCUCUGACCCCUGGGAUGAUGAGCUGAUCUCCUCCCUGCUCUCCAAACUGCCCAUGCCACUCACCUCCCAGCCAAACUUCAUCACCUGGCAGUGCAAAGUCCCCAGCAUCGCACCCAAGAUGACCAUCAAGAUGGGUGAAGGCUCCUUACGGGUUGACUGCGUCCUCGGACAGGGUGCCUUUGCCACGGUCUACCAGGCAACUGACCUGACAACCUCAGAGAAGAUGAUUUUAAAGGUGCAGAAACCAGCCAAUCCAUGGGAGUUUUACAUCAACACUCAGCUGAAUGCCCGGCUGCAGCCCAGCGUGCGCCACCUCUUCAGCAACAUCCACUCUGCCCACUUCUUUCAGAAUGGCAGCGUGCUAUUGGGCGAGCUCCACAACUGUGGCACCCUAUUGAACGCUGUGAACCUGUACAAAAACCUGACUGACAAGGUGAUGCCCCAGCCUCUGGUGAUUUACUUCACUGUCUGCAUGCUGCACAUGGUGGAACAGCUGCACAGCAUCCACAUCGUUCACGCUGACAUCAAACCAGACAACUUCCUGCUGGGAGAUAGGUUCCUGGAGAACAAGUCCUUUGACCCAGAUAACCUGGAUCAUGGCCUUGCCCUGAUUGACCUGGGUCAGAGCAUUGACAUGACUCUGUUCCCAGAGGGCACUUCGUUCACUGCCAAGUGUAUGACCUCUGGCUUCCAGUGUACAGAGAUGAAGAGUGGGAGACCAUGGAACUACCAGACCGACUACUUUGGAAUAGCUGGAACGGUGUACUGCAUGAUUUUUGGAACAUACAUGCAAGUAACACAGGAGGGUGGUGUGUGGAAGACAAAUGCAGUAUUUAGAAGAAAUCCCCACAGUGAUCUGUGGACAGAGUUCUUCCACACUCUGCUGAAUGUGCCUGACUGCAACUCCCUGCCAUGCCUGCGGAGCCUGCGCAGUAGACUGAGCACCGUGCUCCAACAGAACUACAGCAACAAGCUGCCGUCGCUGAAGACCCGCCUGGUCAUCCAGCUGUUAGAAAGCCGGUCGGCACGGAGAUAGAACUCCCUGAGAACCUUGAUACUCCUGGGUGCUGUUCAGUAGGUAUAGAAUGAAAGAAAGUGGUCUGAAACUGAGUGGAACAAGGAGAUGCUGUGUGAACUUGUCCACUAAGAGACACUUGUUUUUGUGUUUCGUAACAAAACGUUGUCAACACGAGCCUAAUGUACACAACCAUGGAUGAUGGGUAUUACUGCCAUGUCUCGUCUCUACUCCAUUUGUAAAUACAAAAGAUUUACCUUGAAUUGGGUCUUGAAUUGGCUACCUUGAAUAACCUUUUUAUGCAUUUUUUAUAUAUUUUUGUCCAUUUUGUAAAUGACAUAAAUAGGGAGAUUGAUGUUGGAGAUGUUAUGGUGUAUUUUCAUUUGUAAAUAAUUAAAAACCUUUUCAGUCUGCCAA